AUGGGCCUACACCAGGGUUCGGCGCUUAGCCCAUUCCUUUUUACCUUGAUCUUAGACGAGUUGUCCAGUGGCCUUCAGAAGGAACUACCGUGGUGCAUGAUUUUUACCGAUGACAUUGCUCGAAUUGCGAGAUCGAUGAAUGAGCUAAACCGUAGGUUAGAGAAAUGGAGAGCAGCCCUUGAAGACAAUGGUUUGUGUGUGAGCCGAGAGAAGACUAAAUACCUACGAUGUGACUUCGAUAAACAGGAGAUAAGACAAAAUUGGGAUGAGGAUAUUCGCAUUGGAGAGCGGAUACACAAAUUAGGGGGGAUAGACGAAUACAUGAUACAUCGAAUCCAAGCUGGAUGGAUGCGGUGGAGAGCAGCUUCUGGAGUCAUGUGCGACAAGAGGAUCCCGCUAAAACUUAAAGGCAAGUUCUACAGAGUGGCUAUUAGACCGGUUAUGUUAUACGGGUCAGAAUGUUGGCCCAUGAUGAAACUCCAAGCGUCUCGAGUAGAGGUGACAGAGAUGAGGAUGCUAAGGUGGUCUUGCGGGAAGACUCUAUUAGAUAGAAUCCCCACGGGAGUUUUUAGAGACGAACUUGAAGUAGGGACCGUCAUUAACAAGCAAAGAGAAGGGCGCUUGAGAUGGUUUGGCCAUGUUAGGAGAAGGGAUCGAACAGCACCACUAAGAGAGCGGAGUCUAUUCACGCUGAAGGCAUACGAAGAAGGGGAAGGCCUAAGAUGA